UGCAGAGCUAUGGGGAAAGUGCUGGUGCUCGCCUUGGCCGGGAUACUUGCCGCCCUCUUCGGGGAGAGGCUAAUGGAGUUUCGACGUAAACUGAAUAGCUCCAGAGAGCUGGAACCAGUGGAACUUCCCAACUGCCACCUUAUUAAAGGAAUUGAAAGAGGUGCAGAAGAUAUUGACAUCCUUCCUGAUGGUCUGGCUUUCAUUAGUUCUGGUUUAAAAUAUCCAGGGUUAAAAAGCUUUGCUCCAGACAAGCCAGGUGAAAUAUUUCUGAUGGAUUUGAAUGAUGAAAACCCAAGAGCAGUAGAACUGAGAAUCAGCCGUGGGUUUGAUCUGGCAUCAUUUAACCCUCAUGGGAUCAGCACGUACAUAGACAAAGAUGACUCAGUGUACCUCUUCGUUGCGAAUCAUCCAGAGCUCAAGAGCACAGUUGAAGUGUUUAAAUUUGUAGAAGAUGAAAAUUCUCUUGUACACCUGAAAACUAUCCGACACGAACUUCUGCCAAGUGUGAAUGAUAUUGUGGCUCUGGGACCUGAUCAUUUCUAUGCUACUAAUGACCACUAUUUCUUUGACUCCAUCUUGAUGUACUUGGAGUUGUUCUUGGGCUUGACCUGGUCAAAUGUUGUCUACUACAGUCCAACAGAAGUUAAAGAGGUAGCCUCUGGGUUUUACUCAGUCAAUGGAAUUAACAUUUCACCGGACAAAAAGUAUGUUUAUAUUGCUGACCUGAUGGCUCAUCGUAUUCAUGUUAUGGAAAAACAUGCUAACUGGAGUCUAACUCAAUCGAAGGUGCUGGAAUUGGACACGCUAGUCGAUAACUUAUCUGUUGAUCCUUACACUGGGGAUAUUUGGGGAGGAUGUCAUCCCAAUGGCAUGAAGCUACUCUUCUAUGAUCCUGAGAAUCCUCCUGGUUCUGAGGUAAUCCGGAUCCAGAACAUUCUUUCUGCAAAACCUACAGUGACCCAGGUGUAUGCUGAGAAUGGCUCAGUGCUUCAGGGAAGUUCAGUUGCUGUAGUGUAUUCUGGGAAACUGCUCAUAGGCACAGUGUUCCACAGAGCUCUUUACUGUGAACUAUAGUUCACUCUGGAUAGACUUUGUUAGGGGGGAGGGUUCAGUUUCUUCUAAAUUGCUAAUUCCAAGCUACAUUGUAAUAAGAGUUAUGAAAAUGUAUUCCUAGUCUUCCUCGCCUCAAGGAAAUAACAUAAGUUUUAUUCAGUGGUGAACGGAAAUGGAU